AGAAGCAAGAAUUUGAUGUUAUAAGAGGAAUAUAGAAUUACAGAUUAAUCUUGUUCACAACUAGAAGAUUUUCAUGUCCAGGUCCAGCCAUAAAGCUUACAAUCUGGCAGCAGAUAUGUGGCAAGGGGACUUGGUCAGUUGUUAGUUUUGAGCUCUGGUUUCAUUUAGCCUUCAUCCCGCGAACCAUGCAAUGCCCCUCCCUAAAAUUUGUGUCUAAAAUUAGAGGCAAGUCUAAAAUUUUGUGGUGUCCAGACGAACCCAACAAACUUUCCGGUGCUAAAACAGGAGCCAACUUCCAAUGACCUCUCAAUGUCUGCCAAACCAUACCUUCCUUCUCCCUCAAUAUAAUCCACCCCUCUUCAGAACCAUCUGCCUUCUAUAAGCAGCCUUGGGCCUACCAAGGUGGUCAGCAAUGGCUAAACCUCAAAGAUUGCAGGCCUUUGGCUGCUUUCUUUUCUUCUCUUUUCUUCUCUCUUCAUUAUCAACGUUCACUUUUGCAUUGUCUGACGCUGAAGCAUCCUAUAUUGCUCAUCGCCAGCUCCUAACCCUCCCUGAAAAUGGCGAACUUCCAGAGGAUUUUGAAUAUGAAGUCAAAAUAGUUGAAACUUUCGCCAAUCAAAGGCUCAAGAGGGCUUACAUUGCCCUUCAAGCCUGGAAAAAGGCUAUGUACUCUGAUCCAUUGAACACAACUGGCAACUGGGUUGGCCCCAAUGUGUGUGCCUACACCGGUGUCUUCUGUGCCCCGGCACUGGAUGACCCCAAGUUGAGUGUUGUAGCCGGCGUUGAUCUUAAUCAUGCUGACAUUGCUGGAUACCUUCCAGCAGAGUUGGGGCUUAUGACUGAUCUUGCAUUGUUCCACAUAAACUCUAACAGGUUUUGUGGAAUUAUACCUAAGAGCUUGUCUAAGCUUACGCUUAUGCAUGAGUUUGAUGUCAGCAACAACCGCUUUGUUGGUCCUUUCCCAGAAGUUGUUCUAUCAUGGCCAGGGCUCAAGUACCUUGAUGUCAGAUUCAAUGAUUUUGAAGGCAAAUUACCUUGUGGCAUUUUCGAAAAGGACCUGGAUGCGUUGUUCUUGAACAACAACAGGUUCACCUCCACCAUUCCCGAAACGAUUGGCAAAUCCACGGUGUCUGUUGUGACAUUUGCCAACAACAAAUUCAGCGGAUGCAUUCCACACAGCAUUGGCAAGAUGGCGAACCUGAAUGAGAUAACUUUCAUGAACAAUGACCUUGGUGGUUGCUUCCCAGCAGAAGUUGGGUUGCUUAGCAACAUGACUGUCUUUGAUGCUGGCCUCAACUCAUUUACAGGUAUCUUGCCACAAAGCUUUUCAGGCUUGAAGAAGGUUGAGCUCUUGGAUAUUUCCCACAACAAGCUGACAGGAAUUGUACCCGAGAAUGUCUGCAAGUUGUCGAGCUUGUCCAAUUUCACAUUCUCUUACAACUACUUCAAGGGAGAGGCCAAUGCUUGCAUUCCACCUUCAAGGAAGGACAUUGUGAUAGAUGACACCAGCAACUGUUUAGGUGGUAGGCCAAAGCAGAAGUCAGCCAAGGAAUGCUACCCAGUGGUGAGCCGCCCUGUGGACUGUAGCAAGGACAAGUGUGGUGGAGGCUCUUCACCUUCCAAACCACACCCUCCUAAGACACCAUCACCUUAUGAAUCCAGUCCAUCAAAGCCACAGCCAAAACCACCCGUCACAGCUCCUCCAACACCAAAGCCGAAACCAUCCACACCGGAGGAGCCACAUCGACGACCUCCGGUACAGGGGCACCCUAAACCACCAUCUUCAGCACCAGCACCGUCACCUGAUCCACAUGACCAAUCUCCAGUGACUCCUAUCAGGCCACCAGCACCUAAGAACCCAACUCGGGAGCCACCCCCAGCACCUAAGAACCCAACUCGGGAGCCACCCCCAGCACCUAAGAAGCCGACUCCCGAGUCACCAAAAUCACCAGCAGCACCGGAGAAUCCAACUCCCCAACCACCAAAAUCGUCACCAAUGCCUUCACCUGACCCACACGGUAAUUCUCCUGUUGGAGGGGUCCGCUCACCUCCACCACCAGUCUACUCACCACCCCCACCCGUGCACUCACCCCCGCCACCAGUCUAUUCACCACCGCCACCACCAGUCCAUUCUCCACCACCACCACCAGUUUAUUCUCCACCACCACCUCCACCUGUCUACUCACCACCCCCACCAGUUCACUCGCCACCUCCACCAGUCUACUCACCCCCACCACCACCACCUGUCUAUUCACCAUCACCACCACCACCAGUCCAUUCACCACCACCUCCUGUCUACUCCCCACCACCACCAGUCUACUCCCCUCCACCACCUGCCCAUUCACCACCACCACCACCCGUCUACUCUCCACCACCACCACCACCACCCGUCCACUCUCCACCUCCACCGCUUUACUCACCACCACCACCUGUACGAUCCCCACCUCCACCGCUUUACUCACCACCACCACCACCAGUUCCAACUCCAUCUCUUCCUCCUCCUCCUGUUGCUUCUGCACCGCCACCUACCGAGGAAUUUGUUCUCCCACCAAACUUGGGAUUCCAGUACUCCUCGCCACCUCCACCAAUGUUCCCAGGCUACUAAAUAGUAUAGCCUUAAAACAUCUUUAUAUUGUAUAUUCACCCUUUUGGCUAUAAAAAUGAAAAAAGAAAAAAAGAGGCUAAAGUACACAGGCAUUUUGUUAGCUUGACUUCUCAAUGGAUUUGCAAUUUCCAUUAAGUAGAGAAGUUCCUUAUAUGCAUAUGAAUCUCCAUUACAUCUGAUUUAGUUUCCUCCGUUCCCUUAAUC